GCAAAGGACACCAGAGUUGUUGGGGUAAUUGAUUGGAAGGAACUAAAAAACCCAGUGCUAUCUUCUUCACCAUUUAUCAAAAAAGUCUUUCCCUGAGUUUUCCAUCAGUCAUGGCUUCUGCAACUUUGUCCGCCCUUGCCGGAGCUCUUCUUUCACCCUUGCGUGACGUAAGUUUGGAGAAAUUGAUCGAUUAUCUAUGGGAUCAUCUAUCAUCAUCACCAUCACCAUCACCCUCUUCUGAUGAAGCAGAGAAACAACAACAACAACUGAAGGAUUCAUUGAAAGAGUUGGAAGAUGCCAAGUUGAAUGUCAAGGCGAUGCAAAGCAGAAUCAUGAAAUUGUUCGAAAAACAUAAGCAAAAUGAGAGGGUGGUGGGUUUGCACAAUAAACUCAAAGACGUUGGUUAUGACAUACAAGACUUGGAAUCAGAGAUGGAGUACAUGGAGCUGGAGAGAAAGGUGGAGGAGAUCAACAAUGCUGAUCAAGAAGCUGACACUACUACUAGCCGAUUCAGUGGAAAGCGCUCGUUUCCAUUUCGUCUGCCAACUGGCUUCUUAUCUAAGAAAAAACGUCGCCUUCCUGCAUCAUCACAAUCCUCAAGUCUGUCAACAGAUGAUGACAUUGUGAGACAGGUUACUAGUAUUAUAAAACAAAUAAAUAGCAUUGAAUCAAAGUUGAAGGAUGAAAUCAAGUUGGAAGAAUGGUUUGACCAGAUCAAGCUGAAUGGAGUUUAUGAUCCACGGGAACAACAUCACUUCACCAAAAACAAACGUGUCACCACAUCAUCAACAAAUGAAAGGAAGAUAUAUGGUCGAAAUGAUGAAAUACAACGGUUGAUUAGGUUUCUCCGAAGGUCAAAUGCCAAUGGUAAUCCUUCUGUUGUACCAAUAGUUGGGUUGGGUGGUAUGGGCAAAACUGCUUUGGCCCAGACUGUCUUCAACACUAUACAAAUAGAAAACCAUUUCGACAAAAAAGCAUGGAUAUACGUGUCAGAUAACUUUGAUAGAGUCAGAAUCACAAAAGAAAUGGUAGAUAUUAUUAGCCCAACUGAUCAACGUUGUAGCACCACCAGUUUGGAUCUUCUUGAAAGAGAACUCAAACGGCAUUUAGCUGGGAGGAAAUUGUUAUUGGUGCUAGAUGAUGUUUGGUCCGAUGAAUGGCAACAACUCCUUGCUCCUCUCCAAUCAGCACAAGCACAAGCUAUAAAAAUCAUUGUGACUUGUAGAGAUCCUAAGAUAUUAGGAAGCGUGGACAAAGGAGAUAAAAUUAUUUUGGAAGGUUUGUCUGAUCGAGACUAUUGGUCACUUUUUGUGAAUUGUGCUUUUGCCAAAAACAACCCUGACAGUUAUUCACAGGAACUACGUGAUAUAGGAAAGUGCAUAGUGAGAAAAUUGAAAGGAUCACCAUUAGCAGCGAAGACAGUGGGAAAACUUUUGGGGCGUAGUCUAACUGAGAAGCAUUGGAAGGAUGUAUUGGAGAGUGAUUUGUGGAAAUUAGAAACUGAUGCUUAUGAUAUCAUGCCUGCACUUGCAUUGAGUUACUAUCAUCUACCUCAGCAUCUUCAGUUAUGCUUUGUCUUUUGUUCGAUGCUUCCUAAAAAUUAUCGGUAUCAUAUGGAUGAGUUGAUUUGCUUGUGGAUAGCCAAUGGGUACAUACAUGAAAGCGGAAGUAGUUCUCAGACAAUGAAUGAUAUAGGAGAAGAGUAUUAUCAUGAACUACAAGAAAUGUGCUUAUUUGAUGGGAGCUAUUAUGAUUUCCUUAUGCAUGACUUAAUGCGUGAUCUAGCCCAAAUAGUUUCUCAUGGGGAAAUAUGCAUUUAUGAGAGUGGGAAAAACAAAAAAAUCUCAAAAAAUGUCCGCCAUUUGUAUGUGAAAGAUUUGAUUGAUCUUGAGUUGGUAUGUGAAACUAAUAACUUACGCACACUUGUGUUAGAGAGAGUUAAUGACAUGUCUGUCUUCCUCAACCUUGAAGCAUUCAAAAGAAUUCGAGUGCUAGUCAUCAAUGAUGCUAAUAUGCAAGAAUUCCCAAAUGCUAUUUGUCAUUUACAACACUUGCAAUACUUGGAUUUGUGGGAAACUUGCAUCCAAUCAAUACCAGAAUCACUAUGUGAGCUUUAUCAGUUGAGAGUACUGAAAUUGCCACCUCCACAAAUUCUACCAAGUUUGUUUCACAACCUUAUAAACCUUCAAUAUUGGCACAUGCAUCGUGGCAAUCGUAAGAUAUUCUAUGAAGGGACGCUAAUAUAUAAUGUGGAAAGAGAAAGAGGCUAUAUGAUUUCACAAGUGAGGAAUAUGAAUAAGCUAAGAGGAGCACUUUCAAUUAUGCAGCUUGGAGAACAUCAACAAUAUGGAAGAAGCGAUGAAAUCUAAACUGAAGGAAAAAUGUCAUAUCAAAAAGUUGUGUUUACAUUGGAAUGAUAGGGUGGAUGGUUGCCAGCAUCAUAUCCAAGAAGAAGUAGUUGAAGGUCUUCAACCUCAUCCUAACUUAAAAGAACUACAGAUUGAUGGGUACAUGGGUUCCAAAAUGCCAAAGUGGCUUAUGACAUUACAGAAAGUAAAAAAAAUAGAGUUGGUUCAUUGCAGAAACUGGGCAUGCCUGCCUGCAACACUUGGAUUGUUACCCUCCCUUCAGUGGCUAGACUUAUAUAACAUUAAGAACAUAACAGUUGAGUGUGAUGAUUCUGUGACUGAGAUGUUUUCAUCCCUGCAGCGGCUUGAAUUGAGCAGAACAACAGUAUCAUUUAAGGGCAUGUCAUCGUCAUCAUCAUCAUCUCUAACAACGUCAAGGGGGUCGCAAGUGUUUUCCUUAUCUUCAGUACCUCAAUGUGAAUUUUUGUGAUGAAGUGAAUGGAUCACAUUGGCUAAUGUCUUCAGCACUGAAGCAGCUAUGCAUAAGAAAUAGUCCAGGCCUGGAUGACCAAUUGCCAGGAUGCCUCUAUGGCCUCUCUUCGCUUACUUCAUUGGAAUUGUUUGGGGCGAAGAUCAAAACCUUGCCUGCGGAUUUGAUGACUACACUGCAUGGACUUUAUUAUUUACGACUUGCAGAUUGUAAUGAGCUUUUAUCAGUGGAGGGUUUACAAGCCCUUGCCUCCCUAAAAUGUUUACGUAUUAGUGAUUGUCCUAAAUUCAGAUCUUGGUGUAUGGAGGACAUGACAGAGGGUGGCCUCCCUUCCUCACUUGAAACAUUGGAAAUCACAGGAUGUGAUCCAGGCUUAAUGGAACGGUGUCAACAAGAGGGGUCUCGAGAAUGGCUAUUGAUUCAGCACAUCCCUACAAAAAGAUUUACUUCUAAAAAAAUUUGAGUGGACAUGAAGAAACCUCUCACAAAUUUCACUAUGACUGAUACUAUAAGAAGACACAAUGUAGAUGGCUUCUAUGUUCGUACGAUGACAAAUUUGCCAACUUUGUUUUCUAUGGUCGAUGAAUGUUGUAUGUCUUUUGAAUGUUUCUAAGAUUGUCAAAAACCAUUUUUGCAAGUUAUCUUUGUAUUUUAUUAGUACUAUGUUGUAACCACUCUCACUAUUUUGUGAAAUUUGGUUGUUUAUGUGUUGCACUAAAAUCUAUGUUGUCUUUUAUUUGGUAAUAAA